UUUUUGAGACGUUUGGUUUUUAUUUUAUUUUUAAUUAGUCAGCGUCGGGCUUUUGCACUGAUUAAAAACGAUGUCGUGGGUGACAAACUAGAAAGCAAGAAAUAAGCUUGCUGGCGAUCACUGAUCAUUCAUUAAACUGGAAAUGGAGUGGGCGGAAUGUCCGGUGUGCUUACAGAAUUACGACGGAGAGUACGCAAUUCCGCGAGUACUGACGUGCGGACACACAACCUGCGAGUCAUGUCUUAAAAGCCUUCCUCAAAAGUAUCCUCAAACAAUUCGCUGUCCUGCUUGUGUUCAGCUUGUCAAGUUCCCAUCUUUAGGCCCAUCUUCUCUCCCCAAAAACAUCGACCUCCUCAGGUUAAUCCCCACUAACCAUAAAAAAAAACAACCCAUUAAUCACUCCAGGAGUUCUGAUCAUCAGGUUGAUUCUGCGUCUUUUCUAUGGUCUGAUGACUUUUUUGUUACAUGGAAGAAUUGGGUUCUUGAAAAGGAUGCUGUUUUAGUUGAUGAGAGUGAAAAGGAUUGUGGCGUUUUGAAGGAUGGAAAUAAGAAGUUGAGACUUUUUAAGGUUGCUGAUGGUUUGUUGGAUGUUAAUGGAAGUGGGUUUAUUUUUAAGCUGAGUUAUGCUUCUAGGAUUAUGAAUUGUUUAUAUGGGUUGGGAAAUGUGGUGAGAGAGGAAUUGAGUUUGAUUUUAGGAAUUUGUUUGGAACAUUAUAGGAUUGGUAAAUUUUAUGGCUUUUGGUGUGAUUCGCAAAAUGGUUUUUUGUAUUUAGUUUGUGAGAGAUUUAAUGUGGGUGUUAUGGACCAUUCUGGUUGUUCUAAAAAUGGAUCAAGUAAAGAUGGUUUGGCUAGUUUCGCUGUUACGGGUAUGGAAAUUUGUGAAGCGAUAAUUGGUUUGCAUUUGGAAGGGUUAUUUAUGGGUUGCCUAAGUCUUACUUGCUUUGAAUUGGAUGACUUUGGACAUGUAUAUUUAAGUUUGGGUGAGGUUUUGUUGACGUCAAGGAAGGUUCAUGAGAGUGUCAUGGCAGCUCGUUCUGGUAGCAGACGGAUUGGUGAUAUAGAGAUGGGAAUACUGGUAACUGAACUUUUUAAAAGAGAAGUCUUUGUAAGUCCAGAAAUGCUAUUUGAGAUAUUUAAGAAAGAAAGCAUAGAGGUAAAAUGCGGUAGUAGCUUUAGUUAUUCAGCUGUGUAUAGCUCGGAUAUUUGGUCGCUGGCUUGUACUUUUGUUAGACUUUUAAUUGGGAAACAGUUUGUUGAAGAGCUAGUUGAUUAUGUGGAUUAUUCUGUUUCAAAAGUAAGUGAAGAGAACAUUUUGGAUUGUUCAGGGCUUUACAUGGGUUUGAUAGAAAGGAUAAGUUGUUUAUUAAAAAAUAAAUUAGGUGAACAAUUUGAAUCAUUGCAGCAAAUUCUAUGCAGAUGUUUGAAUUUUUAUCCAGGCAGUCGGCCACCUUUGAUUGAUGUUUGGAAAUGUAUUAGGGAGCUAAUUAUUAAGCCUGAGUUUGAUACUAUGCUCAGAUUGAAUAAGGCUACUGAUGAGAAGAUUAAGAGGCAUUUCUUGGUUCUUAGCGAAUUGGCCCGGGUGCACAUUAAAGCUUCAGAAAUGCAUGUUAAGGAUGAGGUGGAGGGACCAGUAAACAACAGUGAAGAAAAUGUAGAACAAUUUGAGGGCAGGAUGGUUGAUAAAGAUUUAGUUAAGGGCCUUGUGCAAGGAAAUGUCAAAUUAAAAGAUUUGCAGGGUCAUCUUGAUUGUGUUACAGGAUUAGCCAUUGGAGGAGGGUUUUUGUUUAGCUCCUCAUUUGAUAAAUCAGUUCGAGUCUGGUCUUUGCAGGAUUUAUCCCCUUUACAUACCUUUAAAGGUCAUGAGCAUAAAGUCAUGGCUGUAAUCUACGUUGAUGAAGAGCAGCCAUUAUGCAUAAGUGGUGACGCUGGAGGUGGCAUAUUUCUCUGGAGCAUUAAUCACCCUCUGAGGCAAGAAUCAUUAAAGAAUUGGUACGAGCAAAAAGAUUGGAGAUAUAGUGGUAUUCAUGCCUUGACCACAGCAGGAAAUGGGUAUCUUUAUACUGGGAGUGGAGAUAGGUCAGUUAAAGCAUGGUCACUGCGGGAUGGGAUCCUAUCAUGCACUAUGGAUGGUCAUAAAUCUGUAGUUUCCUCAUUAGCAGCAAGUGACGGGGUUCUGUAUAGCGGGAGUUGGGAUGGGACCAUCCGACUGUGGAGUCUAACUGAUCAUAGUCUUUUGACAGUGUUAGGUGAAGACAUGCCGGGAACUAUGACCUCUGUGUUGUCCCUUAGUGUUUGCCAGAAUAUACUUGUUGCAGCACAUGAAAAUGGACAUAUAAAGGUAUGGAGGAAUGAUAAGUUUAUGAUAUCCAUUCAACUUCAUAAUGGUGCCAUUUUUGCUACUGGUAUGGAGGGGAAAUAUCUGUUUACCGGAGGUUGGGACAAAACUGUCUAUGUACUGGAAUUAUCAGGAGAUGAAUUUCAAGUAGAAACCGAAUCCAUUGGAUCAAUCCCAGGUGGUGCUGUCAUAACAUGUUUGCUAUACCAGCAAGGAAAGCUUUUUGUUGGCCAUGGCGAUAGGAUUAUCAAGGAGAAUUUAGCUAGUUUGACGAAAAGGGUGAGUGAUUUUUCGAGUCUAAACUACUGGGUUGUAAGGGAUUAUUAUCGGUUAGUUGAGUCAGUUAAUGCUUUUGAGCCACAAAUUCAGAGACUUUCCGAUGACCAGUUGAGUGCUAAAACUGUUGAGUUCAAAAGAAGAUUAAAACAAGGAGAGACUUUAGCUGAUAUUCAAGCUGAGGCCUUUGCUGUUGUUCGUGAAGCUGCAAGAAGGAAACUUGGAAUGCGCCAUUUUGAUGUGCAGAUAAUUGGUGGAGCAGUGCUUCAUGAUGGAUCAAUUGCUGAGAUGAAAACAGGGGAGGGAAAAACAUUGGUUUCGACAUUGGCUGCAUAUCUUAAUGCACUAACUGGUGAAGGUGUUCAUGUUGUCACUGUGAAUGAUUACCUGGCUCAUCGAGAUGCUGAUUGGAUGGGUCGUGUUCAUCGUUUUUUAGGUCUCUCAGUUGGUCUUAUUCAGAAGGGGAUGACUGCUAAAGAAAGGAGAUCCAAUUACAGAUGUGACAUAACAUACACCAAUAAUUCAGAACUUGGUUUUGAUUAUCUACGAGAUAAUCUUGCUGGAAAUAGUGAACAACUUGUGAUGAGAUGGCCAAAGCCAUUUCAUUUUGCAAUAGUUGAUGAAGUUGAUUCAGUUCUCAUAGAUGAAGGGAGAAAUCCAUUGUUGAUAAGUGGUGAGGCUAACAAAGAUGCUGCAAGAUAUCCAGUUGCUGCUAAAGUGGCUGAACUACUUGUUCGUGGCCUUCACUACAAUGUAGAGCUUAAAGAUAAUUCGGUGGAGUUGACUGAGGAAGGAAUAGCACUUUCUGAAAUGGCUCUUGAAACAAAUGACUUAUGGGAUGAGAAUGAUCCCUGGGCUAGAUUUGUGAUGAAUGCUCUGAAAGCUAAAGAGUUCUAUCGGCAAGAUGUUCAGUACAUUGUUAGAAAUGGGAAGGCUCUCAUAAUAAAUGAGUUGACGGGAAGAGUCGAAGAGAAAAGAAGAUGGUCUGAGGGAAUUCACCAGGCCGUAGAGGCUAAAGAAGGUCUGAAGAUUCAGGCUGAUUCAGUUGUUGUGGCACAAAUUACAUACCAAUCACUGUUUAAGCUCUACCCAAAGCUGUCUGGAAUGACUGGGACUGCAAAAACUGAAGAAAAGGAAUUUUUGAAAAUGUUCCAGAUGCCAGUUAUUGAAGUGCCUACUAAUUUACCAAAUAUCCGUAAAGAUUUAACCAUACAAGCUUUUGCGACCGCUCGUGGAAAAUGGGAGUACGUCCGUCAAGAAAUUGAAUGCAUGUUUAGACAAGGCCGUCCUGUUUUAGUUGGGACCACCAGUGUUGAGAAUUCUGAAUAUCUGUCAGACUUGCUUAAGCAGUGGAAAAUUCCUCACAAUGUUCUGAAUGCAAGACCCAAGUAUGCUGCAAGGGAAGCUGAAAUUAUUGCCCAAGCAGGGAGAAAGUAUGCCAUUACUAUCUCUACAAAUAUGGCUGGCAGAGGCACUGAUAUAAUUUUGGGGGGAAACCCAAAAAUGCUUGCCAAAGAAAUUGUAGAGGACAGCUUGCUUUCUUUUCUAACGCGAGAAGCUCCUGAUGCUGAAGCUGAUGGAGAAACAAUUUCAGAAAAGGUAAUGUCAAAGAUAAAGGUUGGAUCAACAUCAUUAGCUCUGCUAGCAAAGACUGCACUAAUGGCUAAAUAUGUUGGCAAAAGUGAGGGUAAGAGCUGGACAUAUCAGGAGGCAAGAUUGAUGAUCUCGGACUCUCUGGAAAUGAGUCAGGCAAUGGAUGUGAAUCAGCUUCAGAAGGCUGCUAAUGAGCAGUCCGAAAUGUACCCACUUGGCCCAACUAUAGCACUUACUUAUCUAUCAGUACUGAAGGAGUGUGAAGUGCACUGUUUCAAUGAAGGGUCUGAAGUGAAGAGGCUUGGAGGGCUCCACGUGAUUGGAACGUCAUUACACGAGUCUCGGAGAAUAGAUAACCAGCUUCGUGGAAGAGCAGGAAGGCAAGGGGAUCCUGGAUCUACACGAUUUAUUGUGAGUUUGCAGGACGAAAUGUUUCAAAAGUUCAAUUUUGAUACUGAGUGGGCUGUGAAACUUAUCUCAAGGAUUAGUAAUGAUGAGGAUAUACCAAUUGAGGGUGAUGUAAUUGUAAAACAGCUUUUAGCACUACAAAUCAAUGCCGAAAAGUACUUCUUUGGCAUAAGAAAGAGCCUGGUUGAGUUUGAUGAAGUAUUAGAGGUACAAAGGAAACAUGUUUAUGAUGUUAGGCAGUUGAUUUUAACUGGUGAUGAGGAAAGUUGUUCUCAACACAUAUCACAGUACAUGCAGGCGGUAGUAGAUGAAAUUGUCUUUGGCAAUGCUGAUCCCUCGAAGCAUCCAAGGAUCUGGAGUUUGGAUAAGCUCUUGAGGGAGUUUGUCAUUAUUGGGGGCAACCUUGUGGAUGACUCAUUUGCAGGCAUCACUGGGGAAGCGUUGUUGGAAUCUCUUCUACAAUUUCAUGAAUUGAGCUCUGUGAAUAUCGAUGACUUUUACCUUCCAAACUUGCCAAAGCCUCCACAUGCUUUUCGAGGAAUCCGCAGAAAGUGUUAUUCGUUAAAGCGUUGGCUUACCAUUUGCUCUGACGAAUUUACUAAGAAUGGAGGAUACCGGAUAGCUACUAAUCUUCUACGCAAGUACCUUGGAGAUUUUCUAAUUGCUUCAUAUUGGGAUGCUGUACGAGAGUCUGGUUAUGAUGAUGCAUACAUCAAGGAAAUUGAGAGGGCAGUUCUUCUGAAGACUUUAGACUGUUUCUGGAGGGAUCAUCUUAUAAACAUGAAUAGGCUCAGUUCCGCGGUAAAUGUAAGAAGUUUCGGGCACAGGAAUCCUCUUGAAGAAUACAAAAUUGAUGGGUGUCGAUUUUUCAUUUCAAUGCUGAGUGCAACUCGAAGGCUAACUGUUGAGACCCUUCUGCAGUAUUGGUCAUCUCCUAUGGAGUCCCAGGAACUCUUUGUAUCUUAAGUGCUGAUCGUUCAUCAUGUUGAAGGUGCGUUUGCCUCUUCCAGAUGGCAGUGCCUGUUUAGAAGAAGGUGAUUUAAACUGUGCUAAUGCAGGACUAGUAACCACAAUCAGUUUGGGGAAAGAGAAGAUGGAGAAAGGUCAGGGUGAAAAAGGGAACGGAGCUGUGGGAAAAAGAAGAAGAGCAUAGGCGACGAAGACAACCACAAAACUUGGAAUAAGAAAAAGCCCCAAGACCAAGAAGUUAAGUCCUUAAAAGGGGAAAACCUCUAUAUUAUGAACCAGUACCAUUAUAUCGUAACAAUGAAGAGAAAGAUCACAGAUGAAUGCAGGAAAAGAGGAAGAAGAAGGCAGGAGGAUUUAGAGGUAGAGAGAAAAACCAGAGAGACAACUAUUAAUGAGAAUGAAUUCCACACAAUGCACGUGUAACUGCUAUGUGUAGAUUAUAAUUGAGAGACAUUUUUAGCCACUGGCGGAGCUUCACUUGAAUAUUUAGUGGGGUCAAACUUAAUGUUGUACAAGAAUUUUCAAUUGGAAAAAUUAAAUGAAACACCAUAUAUAAUUUUACGUUAA